AUGUUUGAGCUGUGCGCGUUGCGGAAGAAAAGUCUGUUUUUAUAUAAAAUACCAAAAUUUGCACAUGUCAAAUAGCAUAAACGAAUAGUGUAACUGUGCUAGCAAUAUACAGUAAUAAAAUUGCUGCCCAGCAUAUGUCGCAUCCCAUCACAACACUUGAUAUGGCAAUGCCAUCGUCGUCAUCAACCGCAGGAGGCGUCGGCAUCGAAAAUAGCCGUAAACGUUCGUUGGAUUCAAAUAACGCAAAUCAAGCUGCAUUAUUGGCAGCACGCGUCGAGCCGAAAUCAAUAAUUGAGAUACAUAUCUCUAAUGAUACGGCACACAAGAAGGUUUGUCUGGAGCACAAGGAAGUUGAGGCAGUUGACGAUACAAGUAUAAAGGCAGCAGCGGAAACACCUGCAGCUCCGGCUUCGGCUACGGCUCCGGAAAAUGAGCAGGAAAAGAAGCAGGAUAAGGACUUGAUCGAAUUAACAGCAGAGGAGCAGCAGCUGGAUGAGGAAUAUCGUAAGAAUUGCACCAUAUUUCUGCAGCAUUUGCCGUGUUUCAAGCUGCAACAGCCAACGGAUGUAGAUGCCUCGACCGUGCCACGCAUACCGAAGUGUCGUGAGUGCCGGCGUCGCCAUAUAAGCAAAGCUGCCACCUCCGUCAGCGGCAAUCACAAUAAUAGCAACAGCAACAAUGAUGUUUAUUGCCGAUUCUAUGAAUUCCGACGCUUGCAAUACAAUGCAGCUGGAGAAUUGCGCGUUGCGGGCUUUCCCAAUCCCUAUAAUGAGCCGACACCGGCGGAUUUUAGCGUGUGGCAGCCGGAUGAGAAGACAGCUCCCACAGCCGGCUACAUGGAUAUACAAGUGUGUCGCUACAUUUUGCUGCAUGCUGGUGAUCAGUUCUGCUAUUUGUGGCGACAGGAGGCUGAAGCUUUGAAGCUGCACGAGAAUCCCGACGAUACCAUCGCCUGGAAGAAGGCUGUCCAGGGCAUUCGCGAGAUAUGCGAUGUGUGCGAUACAACGCUCUUCAAUUACCACUGGACAUGCAACAAGUGUGGCUUCGGGUUGUGCCUCGAUUGCUUCAAGGAUCGCAAGGACGGCCAACGGUUGCGGCGCGUGGAGAAGGAGCGUGGACGUGACGAGUACCACUGGCUACUCUGCACCGAUGACGAUGCGGCAGCAGCGGGUAAGCAGCAGCAUGAGCUACGAUCCUUGAUGCUCACCCAAAUCAUAGCUGGCGAUUCGCUCAAUGUCCUGGGACGUCUGUUGCACGAUGUUCGUACCUUGUGGCAGGUGCCGCAAGUUUGUGGUUGUUUGCUGAGCAAGCAACAGGUCGAUGAUCCGGAGCUGACGGCUCUCAUUCAGGACAUGAUUAAGGAGUCGCAGCUGAAACAGCAGACAAGCGCCUCCUCCCUAGCCACGGAGCAAACAUUGCGACAGCAGCAGCGUCUAGAGGAGUUGCAUGCCAAGAAGCUGGAGUUUGCUCGAGAACGCGGCAUUGAUUACGUGCCAGGACGUGUGUGGACUAAGGAGACGCUGGGCAAGGAUCCAAUAACGAGUGCAUUCGACAAUUUCAAGCAUAUUAAUUUCUUGCGUAAAGGAUUGGCGGGACUUCGUCGCUUUUUGCCGCCACGCGCCAUGACCUUGGCACAUUCCACCCAGUUGGCUCCAGGAGUGCCACACGAAUGGCUUUGCGAUGGCAAACUCUUGCGUCUCACUGACCCCAUGCAUCCCGAUAAUCGUGUGCUCUACCAGGAUGUGUGGAAGUGCGGUCAGCCUGUAAUGAUAUCUGAGGUGGCACGUUCUCUUAAUUUGGAUCUCUGGCAUCCGGAGGCAUUUUGUAAGGACUUUGGCGACAAACCCAAUGAUCUGAUUAAUUGCCUCAAUGGCAACCUGGUACCCAACCAGCCCAUGCGACACUUCUGGGAAGGAUUUCAGUGCAUAAGUAAACGAUUGCUCGACGUUAAUGGCAAACCAAUGUUGUUGAAACUCAAGGAUUGGCCGCCCGGUGAUGAUUUCGCCGAAAUUAUGCCCACACGUUUCGCAGAUCUGAUGAAGGGUUUGCCCAUGCCCGAGUAUACGUUGCGUACAGGGAAUUUAAAUAUAGCCAGCUGCUUGCCCAAAAUGUUUGUACCCCCAGACUUGGGUCCGAAAAUGUAUAAUGCCUAUGGAUCUGCUUUGCAUCCGGAUAAGGGCACCACAAACUUGCAUUUGGAUAUCUCGGAUGCGGUCAAUAUUAUGGUGUAUGUGGGCAUACCUAAGGAUGAAGACAGCAAGCCGCAGUUGGCGGCCACACAAAAGGCCAUUGCUCUUGGGGGCUGCGACUACAUAACACGGGCCCGUUGUCAGGAUCCCGAUGUCCUGCCAGGCGCAUUGUGGCACAUCUUUCCGGCACGUGAUGCCGACAAAAUCAGAGACUUGCUCAACCGCGUAACGCUAGAAAAGGGCUUCCGCUUGGAACCCGAUCAUGAUCCCAUCCACGACCAGAACUGGUAUUUGGAUGAUAAGCUGCGCGCCCGUUUAUUCAAGGAGUAUGGCGUGGAGGGUUAUCCCAUUGUCCAGUGUCUUGGCGAUGCCGUCUUCAUACCGGCUGGUGCCCCGCAUCAGGUCCAAAAUCUGCACAACUGCAUCAAGGUGGCCGAGGACUUUGUAUCGCCAGAGAAUAUUACACAUUGCUAUCAUCUCACGCACGAGUUUCGGCGUCUCUCGCAUUCGCAUACGAAUCACGAGGACAAAUUGCAAAUUAAGAACAUUAUAUAUCAUGCGAUCAAGGAUUGCUGCACCAUAUUGACGCGCGCUCUGGACGAACGAAUCGAAAGUGAAAUGGCAAAAGUGAGGGGAGAAACGUAAAGAGAAGUCUGCUCAUUCUCCAGGCUUAUUCGAAUUAUUUGUCACGUCUAAAGAUAUUAACUUCAUACAUAAUAUACAUAUACAUAUACUUAAAUAACUUAUACUCACAAUUUAUGUCUAGAACUCUUAUUUACAAAGUUUGUGCAAAUAAAACGAUUUUAAAAUUUGAAUUCCCGAAA